GACGGGACACGCCCUGCCGACCCCGGCCAAUAUAAACCCCCACAAAGGCAGGCCCCACAGCAUCCUGCCACGGCCCUCGGUACUUUUUGACUUGUUAAGAAGUGCGUGGUUUUAAUCUCGGGGUGAAGAAGGCAAAAUCUAGAAGUUUAUUUUCUUCAUCGCAGAUCAUUCAUCGACAACAACUCACCUCGAACAUGGCAGCAAGGGGCACUGUGCGCGAGGCGUCUGGCUUCAAUGCCCUGCAAGACGCGGAAAAGCUUCGCAAGGCCAUGAAGGGCAUUGGCACGGACGAGCAGGCCGUUAUCGACGUGCUGGCCUGUCGCAGCAACGCUCAGCGCCAGCAGAUCGCCCUCAACUUCAAGUCGGCGUAUGGGAAGGACUUGACCGACGAACUCAAGUCCGAGCUGUCGGGAAAGUUCGAGACGGUCAUCCUGGGUCUGCUCAUGCCGCCCAUCAAGUACGACGUGACUCAGCUGAGAGAAGCCAUCCAGGGUGCCGGCACGAAUGAGCGAUGCAUCAUCGAGAUCAUGGCAUCACGUGGAAACCGAGACAUUCUAGAGAUCGUGAAGCUCUACAAAACCCAGUACCAUCGCUCUCUGGAGGAUGACCUCGUGUCGGAUACUUCGGGAUACUUUGAGCGAGUCCUCGUUUCAUUGUCAACAGGCAACCGUGACGAGGGGACGUCCAUUGACGACGCUCUUGUGAAGAAGGACGCGGAGACGCUCUACCAGGCCGGCGAGAAGAAGACCGGGACGGACGAGACGGCGUUCGUGAUGAUCCUGUGCAGCCGCAGUGUGCCCCACCUUCACAAAGUGUUUGAGGAAUACCAGCGAAUUUCCGGCAAGGACAUUGAGCAGAGCAUUAAGAGCGAGAUGUCUGGAAGCGUGGAGGAUGCGCUGCUGGCUGUGGUGAAGUGCGUGAAAAACAAGCCUGCUUUCUUUGCCGAGAGCCUCUAUAAAUCUAUGAAGGGCGCCGGCACGGAUGACGCAACGCUAAUGCGCAUCAUGGUGUCGCGCUGCGAGGUGGACAUGCUGGACAUCCGAGCCGAGUUCAAGCGCCUCUACGGGAAGUCCCUCUACUCCUUCAUCAAGGGUGACUCAUCGGGUGACUACAGGAAGGUGCUGCUGCAGCUGUGCGGAGGGGAUGACUGAGCGUCACUCCAAUCCGAGACGACGCCAAACAACACGGGGAGCCAACUAGGGGACCACUGUUCGCGAGUGUCUUAUUGUGCAACGUGCUGACAUUGUCGUGAUGCUUCCACGGUCACUUUUUAGCCAUUAAUUGCAUUUGAUUCGCAGUUCUAAAAUAAUAGGGAUGUAACGAUUCCACAUGUUGAUCAUUUGUUAUGUUUUUAUAAACCGAUAGAUUACAUUUUUCAAGCACCUACAGUGAGUUUCAAUAUUCGAAAUUUGUUGGGAGAUUUAAAGUGUUUUUAAUCAAAUUGUGCCAUGGCAAUGCUAUCUUGGUUUGGCCUGUGCACGGUUUUCCCCACUCAUUGAUGAUACUCGUCAUUGACUGGGACUGGACUGAAGGUUUUCAGCCUGUGAUGAAAUGGUGUCAAGUCUAUAGAGAGUGUCAGUGCAACAUGCACAGAUUCAUCUCCACCUGCGCAACAUGGGGCGUACCUUUUGACAUCUCAUUAUCGUGUUACUCGGUGCUUAUAUUGUACGUUGCAACAUUUCUUUUAUCUGCUCUAUCGUACUUGUAGGAAAAAAAACAGUAAAGUAAAAUUAUCGUUAUGCCUUGGUCUAUUAAAUGAUUUCAAUUGGAGACUA